AUGACGCGGUCGAAAUCGAAAAAAACAGCUCCUGAUCAGCAGCCAGAGCAGCAGCCAGAGCAGCAGCCAACGCAUCUGAAAAGGGACAUUCGCAAAGACAUGCGCACUACAUUUAUGAAGCAAGGCCGCAUUAAUAAAAAUGAUUUAAUUUCCAAGUACAUCAACAAGUACCCUCGGCAGGCCGAUCAGAUACGAAAUGUAGUCACUGGCUAUGCGGAAGCAAUCGAUGAGAAAGCAGCUAGAGGUGCUGCAAACUGGGGAAUGUCUGAGAAAAAGCAGAUAGAAACUCCCAAGGAACCUAGCCCAAUCACUCCAGUAGACUCUCCAAAGCCGCCUAAAAAGAAGAAGUCAAAGGCGCAAAAGAAAAGCGAGCCCAUCCAGUGCUUUUCUGGCUCCGAAAAUGAGCUGUAUCAAAACAAAUCAAUCGCAGAAAUAAAGCAGUUGAAACACGAAGAUCAGCAGAACGAUUCUGGCCUGUAUGAAGAUCCAACUUCAAAGAAGUCCACCGGUAAAAAACCCAAAAGGUCAAUUGAGACCAAGGAAGUUGAACCAGAAUCAGCUGAGGUGCACGCUGACUUGGUGCAAUCUACCAAUGCUAUUUUGAAUGAAUUUAAGGAACAUUUAGCUACCCAACGCAUGAACUCCGAGGAAAAUAAUUCUCUACGCAUGACAAAGACACCUGAUCUUGAGCGCCAGUUGCAAUUCUUGAGCCUUGUUGACGAUAACAGAAGUGCACCCAAUGAGGAUUCUCGUAGUAUUGAGCAUGCGGUAUUGGUAUCACCGAUACUCGAGGACAUCGGAAAUACAAUGCCAUCUCAGUUCGGCCUCUUGGGCCACUUGGCGUCACGCCAAUCUGAAGACCUUAUGGACCCUCGCGUCAUGCUCAACACUAACAUUCCAUUCUCCGCCUUCAUCUGCGGUCUUCAAGGCAGUGGAAAAUCCCACACGACAUCCUCAACAGAAAAUUGUUCCCUUCCUAUUCCCAGUCUCGGGAUACUGAAAAAGCCACUCUCGACUUUGGUUCUUCACUACAAUGAAUACAGCUCCAAUGUGAGCAAUCAGCCCAGUGAAGCAGCUUUUCUCGCCUCUACGAUGCCUGAAUUCGGCGGCAGUUACAAAAAGUCGAUUCCAGUGAGGGUUCUGACUUCACCUUCUAACUUUCACAACCUAGAAAAGAUGUACUCGCAAAUCCCUAGCGUGAGCGUUCAGCCAUUUCGCUUGCAGCCGCGCCAUUUGAACAUUGCCACAAUGCUGUCGCUUAUGUCCAUGGGCAAAAAGGAUUCUAUGCCUUUAUACAUGGCCCAGCUGACCCGGGUUCUGCGUGAAAUGGCACUUACUAACCAGGGGCGAUUCAACUAUUUUGAGUUUCGUAAACGGUUGAAGGAUCUACACCUAGAUCGAUCCCAGACGCCAUUCUUAGAGCAACGUCUAGAUUUGUUGGAUUCUUUCCUCGAUCUCAAGGGUGCAGACCGAACUAGUGGCGAUUAUUUUGUUGAUGGCGGGGUAACCAUUCUAGACUUGUCAUGUCCGUUCAUGGACCAGGAUACAGCCUGCAUCCUUUUCCGAAUUGCGAUUGACCUGUUCCUUCAUGCGCACCCAUCUCGUGGAAAGCUGAUUGUGGCGGAUGAAGCGCACAAAUAUAUGACAAACACACAAGCUGCAAACGCACUCACUGAGACGUUCCUUAACAUCAUCCGCCAACAACGCCAUCUUGGGACUCGAAUCAUCAUUUCAACCCAAGAACCAACGAUAUCACCUCGUCUCAUCGACUUGUGUUCAAUCACCAUUGUCCACCGUUUUUCUAGUCCAGAGUGGUAUCAAACUAUAAAGAAACACAUCGCUAUCGGCGGUAAGAAGGGUGAUAGCGAUCAGGAGGGGAUCGACGGCAACCAUGCAACCGACGGGCUUUAUCAGAUCUCUAGCCUUCGAACUGGCGAGGCUCUCGUAUUCGCACCCUCUGCUUAUCUCCUCGAUGCGCAUCAUGAAGCGAUGGAUGUGAAACACAGGACUUUCAAGAUGGUUAUUCGCAAGCGUAUUACCUGGGAUGGGGGCCAGACCAUCAAGGUGGUUCGCUAA